AUGCGCUGUCUACAUUUAUUCUUCUUUGCAACAUUAUGCUGCACACCUUUGACUUUGACUUUGGCUCAAAUUUUAGAGGUUCAACCGAUUAAUAGCAGUCCAACGACUGCCCCUUUGGGCUGUCAUCGUCGUCUCUACACGUAUCGUGUUACCCAGGCCGAUUCGAAGGGACGCGAAUGUUGGGAUUAUGUUAGUGUUGCCGCUUGCUGGGGACGUUGUGAUUCGAGUGAAAUUUCAGAUUGGAAAUUCCCCUAUAAACGUUCUUUCCAUCCAGUGUGUGUUCAUGCCACAAGACAACCAGCCGUUGCUGUGCUUCGUAAUUGUCAUCCAGAGGCUGAAGAGUUUGCUCGUCGCUAUGAAUAUUUAGAAGCGGUUAGUUGUCACUGUCAUACUUGCUCUACUAUGGAUACCAGUUGUGAAGCCCCGGCUAAUAAUAUUUUGGAUGAAAAAUCUGGUGUUAAGGUAUUGGCGAUCACUGGAUCCGAUUCGGUUGGUUUGGAUUAUUAAACAUGAAGUAUUUUGUUUUAUUUUUUUUUUUUAACUAAAUUUAUAAAAAAAAUAAAAAUAUAUAUUUGUAUGUAGUGUGUAAAUGAUGAUAGUUAAUGUGAUUUUUUGAAAUAUUAAAAAUAUUUUACAGCGAAAAUUUUAUUUUUAAAAUGUUAUAAAAUAAAUUAUAUAUUAGAAUGCAAAUAAA